CACCACUUCUAAAAUACUAAAUGUCCACAAAUACGACAAAUGAACGCCGGCCAGGCCUUCUAGGCCUCAGGAAGCGCCUGGCGGAAUCACAUAGUGACAAUUGCAACCUCAAAAACCCGUUUAACACAGAUGAACUGGGAUGUCAACACAGCUUAUUGGAACGAACGAGAAUUUUCAACGACCUCCAUCCCAAAGCGAGGUUGAUCUAUAACCAAUUGAUCACGGAAGCAGCAGAACGCCGUGACAAGAUCAUGAUCGCAUUCCACGAAUUUCUAAACAAUAUAGCACCGAGCGCAAAUGUUAGCACUGUAGGACUAGUACCUAGUAUAAUACUCGAAUUCCUAUACAAAUACCGCGUUGAAGAGCUAGACAGACACUUUGGAAAACAGAACGUUGUCCUGUUCCAGGCAUAUUCAGCGGAUUCCACAGAAACAACAAUACUAUACAGAGGAGAACUUAACGGAAAUAAAUGCAAUGUAUUGAUCAACCGUAGCAAGCUUAAGACGUUGUUAAGAUAUCUAGAUAAACCCUCAGGCGCCAAUGGAGAUGUUAAUCAGACUCUUAUUCUAUUGUACCCACGUGCCUUCAAUAAGCGCCUAAUAAUACCAGAUGCCGUGGUGGUAGUAAAGGAUUAAGUAGCAUACUUCUGCACCCAGUCCC